AGAAACUGCAACCGUUCCAUUGUGAGAGUAAUCGUAUUAGCAUUAUUAGGGGCGCGAUUUACUCUUAUAAAAUUGCUAUAAUGACCGAAGUGAAGAAAGACGAUGUUGUAAAAAUUCUUCAUACCUAUCCACUUUGUAGAAAAUGUGAUAUGUCUGAUGAGAUGAAACAAGAGGCAAUGGAAUUAUGUGUAACUGCAGCAGAAAAGUAUGCAGACAACUAUGAAAGCGUAUCUCGAAUGAUUAAGGAAACAAUGGAUAAAAAGUUUGGUGCAUCAUGGCAUACCGUUGUUGGAGAAGGCUAUGGCUUUGAGAUUACUUAUCAAUUGAAACACCUUCUGUACAUGUACUGUGCUGGCAACUUAGCAAUAUGCAUAUGGAAAUCUGCGUAGUGCAGCUUUGACUAUUGAAAUGGAUUGGAUGUAACAGAUUGUAUGUGUAAAAUUAUUUUCUUGUGAAUGUAUGUCAAGUGAAUUUAUGGCAUUAUAAGUUGUAUAAUAUAUAAGAACAUAGAGGAUGAAUAUGUUUAAUAACUUGUACCUCUUGUAAGUGGGUCCAACCUGUAUUUAAGUUAAAUAUUUUAUGCUGUAAUAAUCAAAUAUAAUGUAAUUGUCAGCAAAAUGAAACAAUCAUCCACUUUAUAUGUAUAUUAUAUAGAAUAU